CUACGCAGCUGCAGCAAAGCAAGAGAGGUCUGGUGCAAACUCAGGCAUAGAAUGGUGGAAAGCAACCUCCAAAUUCCACUGGAAGAAUGGCUAAUGAGGAACCUGCUGGAUGAGGAUAAGGGUAUUGAUUUCGGCCUGAUAUGCUGGCACCUCUGGAAACAGAGGAAUGAAGAAGUCUUAGAUGGGAAGAGCUACUCAGAACAGGGCAUUCUCUGCAAGAUUGGAGCCUGGUUUAACAUCAUCAGGAACGCGCAUUCUUUCUGGGAGAGCAUUGCGAAUGAACCCAGGAGGGUGCUGCAGACAAAGGAAAUCGCUUGGAAGCCACCACACCAUGAGUGGAUACAAAUCCAAAGCGACGGAUCAGUCCACCACGACUCAGGCAAGGCGGCUGCAGGUGGUCUCUUCCGUGAUCAUCUCGGCAGGUGUCAUCGAGCUUUUGUCUGCAAUUUGGGAAGUUGCUCGAUCACGCAUGCGGAGCUGAAAGGUGCAAUGGAGGGGCUGAAGAUUGCUUGGGAAGAAGGGUAUAGGAAAAUCGAGCUCAAUUUGGAUUCGGAGACGGCUAUUUCGAUCAUCAACAACCACUCGGAAGAUGAUCACAGACAUGGGCAAACGGCAGCCAUGUUUAGGAACCUUUUGGACCGGGAUUGGGAGAUCAAAAUCUCUCAUGUGUAUAGAGAGUCUAAUUGCGCAGCGGAUUAUCUUGCUAACGUUGGGCACGACUCCCCUUUUGGCACACAUUCUUUCGAUGUGUGUGACCCGGGGCUUAGAUAUUGGCUUCAAUAUGAUGUAAUGGGCAUUGCCCAAGAACGUUCUAUUAAUACUAUGCACUAGACGCAAUGCGUCAUCCUUUCGACCAAAAAAAAAAGAAGAGUCUGGCCUUCCUAACUAGAAAAGAAGUUAAAUAAACUACUACCUGUGGGUAACUCUUGUAACUUCAAAAAACUUUUUACCGUAAGAUAAAUUACAAUUACAUACAAGUACCAUUUGGUAAUUUCUCCCAUCUCAUUGUCAAACCAUGUCAUGGUAUAACCAAAGUUACACAGAAACUAUAUGGAAACUCUUUCCAUUAUUAAGUCUCCCAGACUUUUGGUACUACACAUUGGAUUUACCUUCAUCAUGAGCUCCAAUACUUCUUUUACAAACUUUAGCGAGAGAAAGAAAUGACAAAUCGACUGUCUUGAAAACAUAGACUGCAACUUCACCCAUCUAAUCUUCUUCAUAUUUUUGUCAGUGAAAUUGUUUUAUGAAGCUGAGGCGGCGCGCAUUUGCACAUAUCUUUAGUGUAAUCUCUUCCUGUCAUAUUCUCAUCGAAGGAUUAACUUACAAACAGUUAUCGUUGUAAUAUUUGUAGUAUUGUCCAGAUCUCCACCCACCAACAUAUAUUUGUUGCAAUAACUAAUAACUAAUAACAAACCUAUAAAUAUAGGAUAAGUGUCACAUUUGGUCACUGGGAUUGCUAAAUCGUGUUAUGUUUAGUCACUAGAAAAAAUUAAUAUUAAUUUUGGUCACUCGACUUACUAAAACAUGUCACAUUUAGUCACUCUCCCAUUAGCCUCCGUCCAACUCCGGUUACUCGAAUUACUUUUUUUAUUAUGAAUGUUGGAGUUCGAUGGAAACUAACGGGAGAGUGACUAAAUGCGACAUAUUUCAGUAAUUCGAGUGACCAAAAUUGAUAUUAAUUUUUUCUAGCGACUAACAUGACAUGAUUUAGUAAUCUCAGUGACCAAAUGUGGCAUUUACUCUAUAAAUAUAUCACUCCAUUCGAGAUAUAAUGGAAUCUACCAUGGAACAUGCAUCUCUAAGGGCAACGAUGGGCAUUCGAUUCAAUUCACCAUUUAACCGCUAAAUCUUUAUGAUUAAGAUAACGUUCAUACUUAGAAACCUUUUUGCAUGAAAGUUUCUCCGUGUAGUUCUUGCUUCAAACUCCAUACGAUAGUGCUUAUCUUCUCAGCUGCCUAAUCAAACUCAUCUCUAAGUUCUUCCUUAUAACGAAUGGACUUUGCAAGGUUCUUUCCUCUUUUUUUUUUUUUUUUUUUUUGACAAGAGGAGCACUUGUAUUGGCUAUUGCAAUGAUAAUCACGGUUACAAGAGGUGAGAAACACAAUGAAAGUACGAAACAGAGCAACAAUGUAGUCAAAUGACAGAGCAAUCCAAAUCAAAAGCUAAAGCCAGAAAAAUAACAAGAAAUAGAUUGAUCUCUAACAGAAGAAAAUUCACAUCAGGGGCUAACAAUGUGAACCUAGAACCCUUUCUUCCACAACAAUCAGCACAUCACAAGCUAGGUUCAAACUCGCCCGAAAACCAGACAAACCCAUGACUAUUGAACAUUGCAACGCUAUAAGCAGCCACCCAGGAAUCGUUCAAAGACGAACCAUCAUCGGGAAUCUAAUGAAAGGGAUUACUCGGCGGUGGGCAGACUGAAACCGGGAUGCUCUGAGGUGAAAAGGCUAAGAAAGCCGGAGGCAAGGAUGACCACAACCAGGAACCGGAAAAAUGGAAUAUUCAUCUUCUCCAUCUUCAGAAAGCCAACGAAACAUAGCCAACGACACCGAAAAUGACACUAGACCCCAUCUCAGACGACCUAAAGGCUUCAAGUAAACGAGAGGUAGAUGCAAGGUUCUUCCCUGAUGAGAACGUAGUCUCCUUGGAAAUCCUCACAGGAAAAAACAUUUUUUUGAUGAGAGUGGCAUUAGUUAAUUAAAUAAAUAGUUAGAAAAAAG